AGUACAGUUCAGUAUUGUAAUGUUUAUUUACGUUUUGCGCAUCUUUUGUGACAACUAGACCUCAGGUCAAUGACAUUGUGGAAGUAAAAGGAGAUAAUAUGGCGGUGGAUAUGAGUUUAUUGAGGUAAACAUCGGCGGAAGGAAGAAAGUGUGUGGCGGUUUCGUUAGCCUAAUGACAAUGUGUUUAAACACUGUAAUUUAAGCAUGUCGUCUGUAUAUAAACCGUCAUUCGGUGCAUUUGACAAAGACACAAAGUUUGCUAAAAUACAACCACCUCUUUGUCACAUGAUUGGGCGUGUCACAGGUGGACUAGCAAUGUUGUACAGAAAAAUCAAAACAAAACAAAUACAUUCUCAGCAGGAGUUACAUUAUGAAUAUGGAUCCUGCACUGAAGAAAAUGGUGUUUUUAACCCAGGUUUAAUUGAGGAAGUGCCUCUGUUGGGUAAAAGAUAUGAGUAUUCAAAAGUGAUUGGCAGUGGCAUAUCAUCGGUGUUAGUGCAGGCCGUAGAUACUUAUAGGCAGAACCAGUAUCAAGUUGCUAUAAAGAUAUUGCACACUGACUACAAAAUGCUUGGGUGUCAGGCAUUCACUGCACUAGACAGUCUAAGGCCGAACGCAACACGACAACGUGCGCGCAGCGGAUUGUUUUUUAAUGAAGAUCCGUUCAGACGACCACUGAAAAUCAGCAGAUGGCGUCGCGUCGUCUAGCGAUCACAGGCAGUGGAGUUGGAUUCGCUGUGCGACAGUAGUAUGACUGAUGUACAUCAAAGUGAGUGCCUGGUUUUACUGUGCAGGUUGCAUGAUUUGACCAUGUGGAAUAUUAGGCAGGCUCUUUGCACUAGACUGACCAUGACCAUCUUAUUUUAACAUCUUCAAUGCCUCAUUUAUUUCUUUAGGUCAUAACAAGUCUAAUUGUGAAUCAUUUUCUUGUGGUAAACAUAUUUAUACUCAUUUGUAACAAUGCAAGGCAAAUUAAUGAUUUUUAUUUUUUUUUUCAUUUACUUCAGUUGAAUUUUAAUUUUUUAAACUGGUAACCUUGAUCAGAAUACAGCACACACACACUCACUUAAUAAAUAUAUCAGCUUACAAUUUUUGUUGUCAUGAUGCUGUUAUUCUUUUUGUAGGAUCAUUUCAAUUUCACAUGACUUCACAUAAAUAAAAUUAUAUCUCUUCAGCUGCAACAGAUAUUUAUUUCUUAUAUGUAUUUAUUAUUUUAUAUUUAUUUGUUAUAUGAUAGUUUGAAAAAAGAUACCAUAACACUUCUUGUCUGACACUUUUAUAAUUUUUUUUCUUUUUUCCUUUAUAUUUUUUUUGCCAUCAUAUAAAGAAUAGAACAUGAGAAUAAGCCUCAAAACAUUUUGUU